CUCGAGUUCUAUUACAAAGUUUGUAGAGGUACCUCGAUUAGACGUAACUCAGGCAACGGAGACUGAAAUAAUUGACAAAGUCCACAAACUAUGUGUUGAGCAAGGAAUUCCGCUUGUGCUUGAAAACUAUCACUUAAAAAAGGAAUUUGACGCAGAGUUGUUUACCAAAGAAUGGAUUCAACGAAAUUGUGGUGACCAAGAGAUAGCUGCUCGUGAUGUAAAUAAUAUAUUGGAUGAACAGAUGAAAUUAUCGGAUUAUUUAGAUUAUGUUGAGAAAGUUUCAAAGAACACGGAACCUGUGCAACAAAAGUUAUAUGCAAAAGAUGUUACAUGUCCGAUUGUGUGGAAAGAUUAUAUCGAAAAAAUGAGUGCUCUAGUACAGGCUUUGGGUCAGGAUGUCGAUCUUGAAAAUUAUUACGUACCAAUUGACAUCUUAGAAAAGGCGGAUUUUACUGUUUACCACACUAAACAGCAAAGUUUAAGUAAAUGGACUGAUGCGAUAUCCAAGAAUUUACGUUCAUCAGCUGACAAUUCGUCACCCAGCUUUAAUUUUGUCACUCGAAUUGAAAAUGCACCUGGUAGAGAUCUUCGGACUGAGUACAAACUUUUAAUAACCGCGUACAAAUACAUUUUAGAACAAGAAUGGGUUUCCAAUGAUUAUUGGAAUGAUGGUGUUCAUUUUCCAUUGGUGAGUGAUUCGGUAUCAAACAAAUCCAUUCCACGUAGGGAUACUCCAGACAACAAAUCACACAUGUCAUGCGAUUUUUGUCAUUGUGAUCUGUGGAAUCGUCACGUUCAUUGUUAUGAUUGUAUUACAGAAGCUGGCGUUAAUUACGACAUAUGUCUCAAUUGUUAUGCAAAUGGUCGUGCAUGUUCUCAUUUGAUGCAAAUUCGUAAAGGUCGAAAAAUGAAACGACUUCGUGAUGUUUAUACUCAUGCAAAGGAUACCUUUGAAAGAAAAUUUGGAAAAGACGAUGAAUUAGUUGAUCUUAACGAUUUAACGAAUGAUUCAGAAGCCACGUUGGCAUACAUUCGUUGGAAAAAAGCUGACAGUGGUGAAGAUAUG